CAUUAACCCAUUCAACGAAUUAGCUUCUCUUUGCUCUUUCUUCCACCAUCUCAGUUGAAGGAGAGAGAGCUUUGACGAAAAUAUUCAUACUGGGGAAUGGCAGAGACUGUUAAUGAAGAUUCUGGAGUUGGACGAUCAGUAGAGGAGAGUUCUAAUGGACAACACAGUCAAGCAGGAGAAGCACUCUCUGAGUGGCGGUCUUCUGGUCAAGUAGAGAACGGGACUCCAUCGACAUCGCCCUCCUACUGGGAUAUCGAUGAGGAUGAUGAUUAUGGCCUUAAACCCUCUGAGUUAUUUGGAAAAUAUACUUGGAAGAUUCCAAAAUUUUCAGAAAUCAAUAAAAGGGAGCAUCGUAGCGAUAAUUUUGAAGCUGGCGGCUACAAAUGGUAUAUUUUAAUUUAUCCACAAGGAUGUGAUGUUUGUAAUCAUCUCUCCUUGUUUCUCUGUGUUGCAAACUAUGAUAAACUUCUUCCAGGCUGGAGUCAUUUCGCUCAGUUUACUAUAUCUGUGUUGAAUAAAGAUUUUAAGAAAACGAAGUUUUCAGAUACACUGCACCGGUUUUGGAAGAAAGAGCAUGAUUGGGGAUGGAAAAAGUUUAUAGAGUUACCUAAGUUAAAGGACGGGUUCAUAGAUGAUUCUGGCUGUCUUACAAUUGAGGCUCAAGUUCAAGUGAUCAGAGAGAGGGUGGACAGACCAUUUCGCUGCCUUGAUUGUAGUUAUAGGAGAGAACUUAUUAGGGUGUAUUUGCCAAAUGUGGAUCAAAAUUGCCGACGUUUUGUUGAAGAGAGAAGAAGCAAGCUCGGGAGGUUGAUAGAGGACAAGGCAAGAUGGACAAGCUUCGGUGUUUUCUGGUUAGGGAUGGACCAAAACUCUAGGCGUCGGAUGUCUAGAGAGAAAAUGGACGUAAUCCUAAAAGGAGUUGUAAAACACUUUUUCGUAGAAAAAGAAGUUACAUCCACUUUGGUGAUGGAUUCCUUGUAUAGUGGGUUGAAGGCUCUUGAAGGCCAAACUAUGAACACGAAAGAUAGGCCAAGACUGUUAGAUGCCAAGGAAUUGCCAGCUCCGAUCGUGACCGUGGAAAAAGAUAUGUUCGUAUUAGUUGAUGAUGUGCUGUUACUCCUAGAGAGAGCUGCUCUUGAGCCAUUGCCUCCAAAAGAGGAGAAAGGUCCCCAGAACCGUACAAAGGAUGGCAAUGAUGGAGAAGAGGUCAACAAGGAAGCCUACGAGCGUGAUGAGAGACGUUUAACUGAGUUGGGUAGACGAACUGUGGAGAUAUUUGUUCUUGCCCAUAUCUUCAGCAGUAAAAUCGAGGUUGCAUAUCAAGAAGCUAUCGCGCUAAAAAGGCAGGAAGAACUUAUUCGUGAGGAAGAGGAAGCGUGGUUGGCAGAAACCGAACAGAGGGCCAAAAAAGGAGCAGCCGAGAGAGAGAAGAAAUCUAAGAAGAAACAGGCGAAACAGAAACGGAACAAAAAUAAAGGGAAGGACAAAAGAAAGGAAGAAAAGGUGAGCUUUGCAUCACAUGAAAAGGAUCUCGAGGAAAACCAAAACGAUGAGGAAGAAAAGGAUUCUGUCACGGAGAAAGCACACUCUUCAGCUGAAAAGCCUGAUACUCUUGGAGAUGUGUCCGACAUAUCUGAUUCUGUGGAUGGUUCGGCUGACAUUGUUCAGCCUGAUUUAGAAGAUAGGGAUAGUAGUUCUGUUCAUUGGGAUACAGACGCCUUGGAAAUUCAUGCUCCAUCAUCAGGAGGGAGCAGUAGAGGAAGAGGCACACCCAAUGGAAUUGCAGAAAGAAAGAGUCAGUCCACUAUGGAUGAUAGUUCUUCAACUUGUUCUAAUGAUUCUAUCCGGUCGGGGGUAACCAAUGGGUCCUACCAAGGGAAUGCCUUGAAUUUCCGAAACCAGAAGUCGCCGAACAGAGGAAAGAAUCAACAAGUAAAAGCAAUAUCUGAUGCCCACAGUUUAGGGAGUGAAACAGAUGAUCAACCUUCAACACUUGGGACAGACCCAAAGAGUCAGAAUUAUUCUUCCGAGGCAAGCAACGUUGGUGAAUCUGAUUGGGUUGUUGUCUCCCACGUCCAGGAGGCAGAGGGUUCUCGAAAUCGUAGUCCUGUUGGGAAGGAACUCGACGUGGCUCAAUCCAUUGUGAACUCGAUCGACAUGGAUCGACCUAAAGAGAAAAGCGCUGCUGUACUUUCUUCUCCCAGAAGUGUUGCCAAGAAUCCAUCACCAUUAACUCAGAAGAAACCGGAGAAAAAGAGCAUUUCAACCGCAGACGCUAUUCCAAGCAGGAAAGUACUGGCAACUGGACCACCUUCAUCAAGUCAAGUAGUGGUUUCUUCAGAUGUUCAGUCGCAAACUGCUGGUCUCAGAGCUGAUAUGCAAAAAAUAUCUGCUCCAAAACAACCAGCAGCAACCACUAUAUCAAGGCCUUCCAGUGCUCCAAUAAUCCCUGCGAUGCAACCCGCCCCAAUCGCCGUCUCCUCCUCGGUUCAAGCAACAACAUCCCUUCCUCGUUCGGUUAGCUCAGCUGGUCGUCUAGGUCCUGAUCCAUCCCUACACAACCAACAAACAUACACUCCUCAUUCCUAUAAACAUGCCAUAGUUGGUAACUCUCUUGGUUCAUCAUCUAGUUUCAACCACCACCAAAACUCUCACGGAGUUGUCCCAACCACACUGCCAUCAUCAUCUUACUCGCAAACACCGACAUCAUCUUAUCAGUCAAGCUUCCCUUACAGUCAAGAUGGGCUCUUGUGGACAGGAAGAAGUUCCAAUUCUGUAAACAUGGGCAUGAACAACAACCCUUACUCACCGGCCGUUACUAGCAACAGAUCGCUCAACCACAUGGACAUUCAGAUCGCGCAGCAACAAGCACAAAGCUUGAUGACGGAUGAGUUCCCUCACCUGGACAUCAUCAAUGAUCUGCUGGAAGACGAACAGUGCAGCAACAUGGUGUUAAACGGAAGCCUAUUCAAUCAACAACCCCAAGUGUUCAACGGGCAGUACUCAUCAUACCAGGGUGAUGUAGGUGAGUUAUUGUCUGGUGGCAGGUCCAGGAGUUUUGGAGAAGAAGGAUUCCAUUACAUGGGACGUGGACCAUAUGGUGCAGAUGGAUUGAUGCCGACACAGUGGCAAAUGGCGAACAUGGACUUGUCUUUGCUAGCAAUGAGGAACAAUAGGAUGGAAGAUGCAACAUCAUCAGCAGCUAAUUACCAUCACACAUACUUUGGUUUGGACUCUUCGAAUCCAAGUUUUGCGUCUGGUAUCAAUGGCUACACCGAGUUCAGGCCAUCGAAUGGUCAUUGAGAGACAAAAGGUGAUUUGAUCAGGGGAUUUGUAAUGUUUU